AUGAAGUUCGCUGCUGUUCUUGUGGCUGCGUCCGCCGUCGGUGUUUACUGCACCACGUCUAGCACUGCCAGCACCAGCCGAAGCUCGACCCCGGCACACACUUCUUCUUCUUCUACUGCGCGAGUUACCGGAAGAGCUACGACCCCGAGUGGUAGCACACGACCAACUUCUUCUGCAGCCGCGUCAACCACUGCCAAGAAGGCCGGUGCUGGACCGAAUGCCGUCGCCCCCGGGGCCGGCUUGGCCGCUCUCUUGGCCCUUGGCGCCUAUGUUGCCUGA